AUGAUAGAUAGAUAGAUAGAUAGAUAGAUAGAUAGAUAGAUAGAUAGAUGAUAGAUAGAUAGAUAGAUAGAUGAUUUAAAAGUAAAACUUAUCUCCUAAUCCCAUUUUAGACUCAGCCUCUCAUCCUGAGUGUGGCUGUCCUCAUUCUUUCUUUAUAGCUACAGAUCCCCGGGUGAGGCACAGUACAUAGGUCUCCUAUUGGUUUAGGCUGUGUCUCCGUUUAGAGACUAGUUCAGUUCAGACUCUCCUGGGUGGAAUGUCCCUGUUUCUCCAUCAGUGUAGGCCCUCAGCAAAUGAAACUGUCUUCUUUAACAUCCAUAACCCUUGUCAAGAGUAUAAAGUCUGUGUGCAUGUGUACGUACACAGGUGUGUAUGUAUGCAUGCGUGUAGCUCAGUGCCUGGAAGCUUCAUGUUAGAUAUGUUUCCUGAGGAUUCCACGAGUUUGGUGCUUUCUGUUGCCUUGUGCUUUAUGUAAAUUAUUAGCUCAUGAGAGAGAUGAAGUCAUGUGAGUUUUAUAAAAUUUUAUUUACUUUUAUUUCAUGUGCCUGGGUGUUUUGCCUGUAUGUAUGUGUGUGUGUGUGUGUAAGUAUGUGUGUGUGUGUGUGUGUACUUGUGUGUGUGUGUAAUUGUGUGUGUGUGUGUGUGUGUACACCAUGCGCACACAGCGCCCACAGAUGCCAGAACACAGCAUCAGAACCCCUAGCAUGGGAGUUACAGAUGCUUGUGAGUCACAGUACGUGUGCUUGGAAUUGAACCAGGUCUUCUGUGGGAACAGAAAGUGCUAUCUCACCAGCCCGGUCAUUUCAGUUUCUGAGGUGCAUCUUGUCCCAUCCCAAAUUCCUACCAGGAAGCACAGAUGAGAUUGAAAGUGUGGGGGAUGGGUGCCAGGCCUUGCUUCGAGUCACACUGAGGAGCUGCUAGCAUCUAAAGAAACACGAAGGAGGAAGACAGUCCAUCCACAGCCCACAGCUUCCUCAGAAACACCAUACCUCUGUCUCUCAGGCGCUCCCUCCUUGUUUGCGUAUGUGCUUGGGAGUGAGAGACCCUCCUUCUUGUAGGCCUCGUGUAUCUCAGCUGCGUUAUUACCUUCAGCCCUCACAAGUGCCGGGGUCAGACGGUUCCAUUCUGAUUUUACAGAGAGGAGUGACUGAGCCUGGGCUUCUGUCUGAGCUUCCAGGCUCAGAUAUUGGUCUAUGGUGCCCUGAAUGCUCACCAUUGUGCCACAGUGUCCGAAGCACACUGUGGGACUUGAGUUCUCAAUGGCCCCAGCUCCUUCCCAUUUCAGCAUUUUCCAUGUUACUGAUUGCUGGAUGACCCCCCCUCCUUCUUUCUUUUCAGUGAGCAGCAUGCUUUCCUUCCCUCAUAGACAGGCAGACCUCUCCCCUUCACCCUACACCCUUGCCACUGGCCACAUCAACCUCUAAGAGCUGGGACAGGGUUCAACCAAGUUCCAUUUCCACGAGACAGGUCUCAUUCUCUUGGCAGACAAAACCAGCAAAAUACAGGUCUAAGCCAUGACUCUUCCACCCGUCAAGCCACCCUUAAUGGAUGGAUGGCUGUGAUGAACCAUAGAGGCAGAGACGGUUUCCUGAGCCCCGGAUCUUUCUCCCUUCUGGAACUAUUCCGCCAUACGUACUUGUCUCUUGAGAAUCCCCGCAUCAUGGACCUCAUCGGGCUGCUGAAGUCCCAGUUUCUGUGUCACCUGGUCUUCUGCUACGUGUUCAUCGCCUCCGGGCUCAUUGUCAACGCCAUCCAGCUGUGCACGCUGGUCAUCUGGCCCAUCAACAAGCAGCUGUUCCGAAAGAUAAACGCCAGACUCUGCUACUGCGUCUCCAGCCAGUUGGUGAUGCUUCUGGAGUGGUGGUCAGGUACGGAGUGUACCAUCUACACCGACCCGAAGGCCUCCCCCCACUACGGGAAGGAAAACGCCAUCGUGGUUCUCAAUCACAAGUUUGAGAUUGACUUUCUCUGUGGCUGGAGCCUGGCUGAGCGCCUAGGGAUCCUGGGGAACUCCAAAGUCCUGGCCAAGAAAGAACUGGCUUAUGUCCCCAUCAUUGGCUGGAUGUGGUACUUUGUGGAAAUGAUCUUCUGCACACGCAAGUGGGAGCAAGAUCGGCAGACGGUUGCCAAGAGCCUGCUGCACCUCCGGGACUACCCAGAGAAGUAUCUGUUUCUGAUCCACUGUGAGGGCACACGGUUCACAGAGAAGAAACACCAAAUCAGCAUGCAGGUAGCCCAAGCCAAGGGGCUGCCCAGCCUCAAGCAUCACCUGCUGCCACGCACCAAGGGCUUUGCUAUCACUGUGAAGUGCUUGCGAGAUGUUGUCCCAGCCGUAUAUGACUGUACACUCAAUUUCAGAAACAAUGAAAACCCAACACUGCUGGGAGUCUUAAAUGGAAAGAAAUAUCACGCUGACUGCUACGUUAGGAGGAUCCCCAUGGAAGACAUCCCUGAGGAUGAGGACAAGUGCUCAGCCUGGCUACACAAGCUCUACCAGGAGAAGGAUGCCUUUCAGGAGGAAUACUACAGGACAGGGGUCUUCCCAGAGACUCCCUGGGUUCCCCCACGGCGGCCCUGGUCUCUGGUCAACUGGUUGUUCUGGGCGUCGCUGCUGCUCUAUCCUUUCUUCCAGUUCCUUGUUAGCAUGGUCAGCAGCGGUUCCUCGGUGACGCUGGCCAGCUUGGUCCUCAUCUUCUGCAUGGCCUCCAUGGGAGUUCGAUGGAUGAUUGGUGUGACAGAAAUCGACAAGGGCUCUGCCUAUGGCAACAUCGACAACAAACGGAAACAAACUGACUGAUGUGGAAAAUGUCACCUCCAAAGGGAACCGUGGGGGACAGUUGGCCUCUGCUUAGCCUUUAUAGCAGGGUUCAGUGAUGGAGACUGGAGGGCCUUGCUGGGACAAACAGAAACCACAGCCCCUCCAGUCAUGGAGUUUGCCUUGGCGCUGGAUGGGAAAGGAAGAUGGUUUUAUACCUUUCCCCUCCCCCAUCCCCGUGUGAAUUACUGGGUUUGGUUACGUUUCUUUUCAGUUGCACACGUGUUUGUGUGUAUGUGUGUGUGAGAGAGAUGGGGGUGAGGAGAAUGAGUGUGUGGUUGCGUGUGCACUUGUGACCCUGUGACAGUAGGGUCUGUGAGGCUGCAGGGAAGGGCAGGGCUGGGGUGGAAGAGAAGGUGUGUGUCCCUGUCAUCCCGUGGUGCUGCGUCUUCUCUAACCAUCGAUCGCUGGAGACGGAGUGAAGUGUUUGGGUAAGACAACUAAAUUAUGCCUCCAAAUAAGAAAAAGAAUUAAAGUGUUUGUCUGGGUCA